AUGGCCGCCAAGAAGCCUAACAUCCUCUACAUCAUGGCGGACCAGAUGGCUGCCCCCCUUCUGGCCUUCCAUGACAAGAACUCCCCCAUCAAGACCCCCAACCUCGACCGCCUGGCGGAGGAGGGUGUUGUCUUUGACUCUGCCUACUGUAACUCCCCGCUAUGCGCCCCGUCCCGGUUCGUCAUGGUCACCGGCCAAUUGCCCUCCAAGAUUGGUGCCUACGACAACGCCGCCGACCUGCCCGCCGACACCCCAACCUAUGCGCAUUACCUGCGCCGUGAGGGCUACCACACUGCACUUGCUGGCAAGAUGCACUUCUGUGGGCCUGACCAGCUCCACGGCUAUGAGCAGCGUCUGACAUCUGACAUCUACCCCGGCGAUUACGGCUGGUCAGUCAACUGGGAUGAGCCCGACAUCCGCCUUGACUUUUACCACAACAUGUCUUCUGUCAUGGAGGCUGGUCCUGUUGUCCGUACCAACCAACUCGACUUUGACGAGGAGGUCAUCUACAAGUCGAAGCAGUACCUCUACGACCAUGUCCGCCAGCGCACUGAGCAACCAUUCUGCUUGACUGUCUCCAUGACUCACCCUCAUGACCCUUACGCCAUGACCAAGGAGUUCUGGGACCUGUACGAGGACGUUGAGAUUCCUCUGCCCAAGCAAGGUGCUAUCCCACACGACCAGCAGGACCCUCACUCCCAGCGCAUUCUCAAGUGCAUUGACCUCUUUGGCAAGGAGAUGCCCGAUGAGCGCAUCAAGGCUGCGCGUCGUGCCUACUACGCGGCUUGCACGUACGUCGACACCAAUGUUGGAAAGCUCCUGAAGGUUCUUGACGACACUGGCAUGCGGGAUGACACUAUCAUCGUGUUCACUGGUGAUCACGGUGACAUGCUUGGCGAGCGUGGCCUCUGGUACAAGAUGGCCUGGUACGAGAACUCGGCUCGCGUGCCAUUUAUUGUCAACGCACCCAAGCGUUUCGCCCCGAAGCGCGUCUCUGAGAACGUGUCGACUAUGGAUAUCUUGCCGACAUUCGCCGACCUGGUUGGGGCGCAGCUCAUCAAGGGGCUACCCCUAGACGGUGUCUCCCUGCUGCCCCAUUUGACUGGAGAGGAUGGUGUCAAGACCGACACUGUUCUUGGCGAGUACAUGGGCGAAGGCACCCAGUCUCCUGUCGUCAUGAUCCGCCGUGGCCGCUGGAAGUUUGUUUACUCCUUGAUCGACCCGCCGAUGCUCUUCGAUGUCCAGAACGACCCACUGGAGAAGGUGAACCUGGUAGCUGGCCUACCAGACCCUGCGCACGCAGUUCCGGCGGAUCCUAAAGCCGUUGCUUUUGCCAAAACCGUGGGACCCGCAGCCCUGCCCACCCCUCUGGAAUCGCCUCGUGCAACACCACUGGCCCGCAACACACGCGACUAUGCCUUCCCAACUCCCCCGCGGACCCCAAGCCCGGGCAAGCAAUCGAACGCUGUUCCCGACACCACCGACCCAACGAAGCUGUUGGCCUACUUCUCUGAAGAGGUCCACACCCUCUGGGAUCUGGAGAGCAUCAGGGAAGAUGUCCUGCGCUCGCAGCGCCGCCGCCGCCUUGUCUACUCCGCCCUGAUCCAGGGUACUCCUCAGUUCUGGGAUUGGGAGCCUCGCGUCGACCCCAGCACCCAGUAUGUCCGCAACCAGGGCAAGGGAGUUCUUGACGAUGUCGAGUUGAUCUCUCGCUGGCCUCGUGUCCUACAACAAGCCGCCCAAGCUCAGGGCGUGAAAAUCUAA